GCUACGGAGCUGUUCGGAUCCGAUCCCGGACACGCGAAAGAGCCUUUCCAGGGGGAGCCCCGGCCUCUUCUCUGGCGCGCCCCAGUGGCUGCGGCGGAGACUUGGCUCUUCCGCCCGCGAGAGGCGCCCGGGGCUGAGGAUUCUAGGGGCGUCGGUGGUGGGCGGGAGACCCUUCGGGCUGUCGGGCUGUCUCCGCUGUAGCCACCCACCGUACGGUCUGUCUUGCUGCUAGGUGUUCAAUUUCUCUUUCACUUUUGGGGUGAGCCAGUUAAAUGCUGAAGCUUUGGCAUUUUGAUUGGAUUGCCAAGAGGUAUCACCUGGUCUUUGUGAGUGCCAGAUAAGAUUCAAGACAGAGAGCCUAAAGCAGAGAGCUAGCACAGUAAGGACUCAAUAAAAUAUUUAAUGAUCAAAUGGAGGAAUGUUUCCAAGUGGUGGCAGAAGGAAUGCAGAUUUUUGAUUAUUUUCCUGGUGAUCAGCAUAGAAAUCCAAUAGUACUCUUAAUCUAGUCGGUAAAUCAUGCAGGUAUUUACCUGAUGCUAAAAUAACAAUAAUAUGAACUUUCUAUUUGUCACCAACAUUAAAUGUUGCUACCUGCUAUAUGCUAGGUUAUCUUCUGAAGACUAUAUAUGUAUUUGUCACGUUUAAUUAUGACAAUCUUAUGAAGCAGUUAUGAUAACCAUCUCAAAUUGAAAAUGAAGAAAGUAAGGUCCUGAGGACUUAAUUGUUCAAAGUCACACUCCUGGUAAAAGGGUACUAAUUUGUUUUGAAAAUCCAAGAUAUCUGAUUCCAAAGCCUGAUAGUAAAUAAUCAUUAAGCUGACUUUGUAGUCAUGGGUGUAAAAUUUAUGUUUUUAGUACCAUGUAAAUCUGGGUACUGUGACCAUAUAGGACUUAGUCAAGUUUGCUAAUAUUUACUUCUUCAACAAGAAUAUUUUGGGCAAGGUCUGAGGCUUGGUAGUAGAGUGCUUGCCUCGCAUGUGGAAGAACCUGGGGCCAAUCCCUAGUACCACACACACACACACAAAAAAAAACAGAACAAAACAAACAAAAAAUCCCCAACGACAAGUCAAUGUCUGUUCUAUGCCAAGUUGUCUGUGGCUGUUGUGGAACCGAGGGCUGGUACAGAAAUCAAACAUAGUUCCCAUUCUGAAGGAUGUCAUAGUCUAGGGGGAGGCAGAAGGAAAAGGGAUAUUAACUAGUGUCAGAGAGAUGGGAUAUAACUGGUGUCAGAGAGAUGGAAAUGUUCAAUGUCUGAGAGGAUAGGGAUACCCAACAGCCCUGGGAUUAGGGAGGUUGCUCAUCAGAAAUGAUAGAGUAAGAAGAAGAGAGUUGGGGAACCUGAGCAUAUCUGAGAAGGAACCACUAGAAAGGAAAGAGGAAUUUCAAGAGUGGUAUCAGGGAAGUCAAGGGAAUAGAGCAUUUUUAAGAGGAAAUGUACCCCAGAGUCAGAGGCAAAACUUUCCAUUAGUUUUGGCAAGGAAGUCACUGGUGGUGUUAAUAUUAUUUUUCAGUGAUGCUGGUAUAAGGAGUAAGUGGGAGGGAGUGAAGUGGAGACAUUGAUGGUAGAGACAUGUUCAAUUCCUUUGUCCAUGAAGAGAGGGAGAGAUGAAGGGGAAUUGCUAGAGUAAAAAACUGGGGUUGAAAGAAGAUUUGUUGUUGUCAUUUGUUUCCAUUUGAAAGUUGAGAUAGACUUCAGUAUGACUGUUACAAGGAAGGAAGAGAGCCAGUAGAGAGUGAGAGUUGGAGACUUGAGGGGAGAUGGGAUUCAGAGCUAGUGAGGCAGUAGGAGAGCAUGGAAUUCCACAGAGGGACAGGUCUUGCAUUGAGGCAGUAAGGAGGUUGUGAGCAAGAAGGUAUGGAUGUGAGAAUGUGAAAGACUCACUGCCCAACAAUGCCCUUUUCUUUAAGAAACAGAAGGCAAUAAGUGAAAAUGAGGAGGGGAGAAAUUUGAGGAAGGUCUUGAAGGCUUGGAAGAGUUGCAUAGGACCAUGGCUAAAAUGGGUUCUAAGGGACAAGAAUGAGUCUGAGUGAUGCUGGUCCUAGAUUUUGAAAUAUUGUGGUCCAAGAAAAAACUUAUUUUGAAAUGGUGAAAUUCAUAAAAGGCAUGUGGAUUAAGAGCAUUGUAUCAAUGUUCAUUUUUUUUAUUUCUAUAAUUGUACUAUGGUUAUGUAAGAUGUUAUUUUUGGAAAAGUUGACCACAGAGAAUGUGGGAACUCUGUAUUAUUAUUUUUGUCAGUUUAUAACUGUAAAUUAACUUCAAAAUAAGACAAUUUAAAAAUUAGCAAAAUAUUAUAACCAAAUUCUAUGCCAGCCAAAUGUAACAUGUCUACUUGACACCAGCUUGAGAGCUCUGAUCAUUGUAUGGGACUUCUUGGCCUUGGUGAUGGCUAGGGAAGCACUUUUAUUUUUUAUUUGUUUUAUUUUGUUUUUGUGGAGCUUGCACAUGCUAGGCAAGUACUCGAACACUGAACUAUGUCGCCAGUCCCAACUUGUAUAGCAUCUUGUACAUGAUAGGCAAUUAGUAAAUACUACUGUUCUAUUUUAGAGAAAAUACUUUAAGAAAAAAUGAUUAUGUUACAUCUAUGAAUUAUUUGACUUUUAAAGAUCUCUCUCUCUCUCUUUCUCUCUCUCUCUUAAACAGGUUUACAAAGGACACAAAUUGUUUUACUACUUCUAGCUUUUUUCUAGUUUCUUCUAUAAAUCAAAACAUCUCAAAAUGGAGGCCUAAAACCCUUAAAAGGGACCUAGUCUAAUCUCGGGAGGUAGUUUUGUGCAUGAAAUAACAAUUAAUAGUUAACUGAACUUUUGGUGUAGUAUCCAAAAAAUGUUAAUUUUAAGAAAUCUAAUUAUAUGAACUGUAACUAUAAUGAUUUUUGAAUUUGAUUUGUAGAAGUAAAGAAGUUGGAAGAAAUGGUUGAAGCACUCUUUUCAAAGUUGGCUAGGCAAUCUCCUACUAAUUGAUGUUAGAGUAGAAAAAAGUACCUGUGUUUGGUCAAAUUUAAAAAUGAGUGAUAGUUACCAGGAACCAAGAGCUGAUAUUUCACUAUCUGCAAGAUUAGAGAAAUAUGCAAAUGAAGUAUUUGACAUAGACAAUGACAAAGAAUGUGAAAACCAAAACAUUUUAAUAAGUUCAACAAAUUUAGAGGAAAUAGGAAAGAUAAACAUGAUAACUGAUGAAGAAAUUAUCACGUAGAAGGCCACUGAUAUUUUAAAAGUCUAAAUAUAAGUUUUUUCAAAUAGGCUCUUGUCUCUGAGAAUGAUGAAGAAUGAUGGCUAAAUGGUUACAUAUUUUUUUCAGAAAGGAAAUUUAUGUAAAGACAACUUUUUUUUUUUUUAAUAACAAUGUGUAACAAUUUUGACCAUAGGAAGGCAUAGUGAAGUUGGUCACAGUAACUUUUGAGGAAAUAAUCAUUGGUAACAGUCUCUGAAGUUUCUUCUGCUACCUGGAAAUCCCGUUCAAAAAUAAGCCUUGAAGUCUACAUUAGAAAACACCAACAUCUGUGGGCUCAAAGAAACCAUACCUGCCAACCACUGGUAAAAAAAACAAUCAUAGAGAUUGCUAGUAUUAUUGACAGAGAACCUAUUUAUUAACAGCUUGUAAGUCAUAAUUGAAAACUUCUAAUUUUUGAGGUUUCUGUGAUAAUUUUUAGUUUGGUUUUUGUCAUGAUAAAUUCUGGUUCAAGGUACACUGUGAAAUAAUUUCUGACCCAAGACAAAUUUAUAUGAUUUGAUGAUUCAUCUUAGCAUAUAGAUUUGGCAUUUUGUAACUUUUGAUUGUUUUCAAAAUUAAAUCCACUAUCCGAGAAAAUUUGAUGUAACCUGAAUAUAGCAAUGAACUUCAAUAUCAUUAUUGGUGAUUUGUGGCAGUCUCCAUUUUCAGCACCUUCUAUCUACCAUAAUUACCAAGGGUAAUUGGUUCUAGCCAAUUACAUCAUUAGAACAAAGAAAUGGUAACAUUGAGUUAUCUCAAUGGCAUGAAACUGGGUCCAAAAGACCAAAUAAGCAGAUACAUUAGUCUCUAAUGAUUUAUUUAAAAUAGAAUGUUUGAUUUUUUUUUAAAUUUCAUAACAUCACUAAGCAAAAAUGUUCCUGAUGAUCAAUGAGGAAGUAAUUAUUAUAUAAUAAAUAUUGAAAACAAGUUUUAGAUGGCAGUCAAUUCUGUUACUACUUAAUCUUCAGAGGGAAACUUCAGAUUUUUGUUCUCCUUAUUAAAAAUGAUCAUAAACGGAAGAAUUACUUAAUUUGAGAAAGAUUUGGGAUAAACCAUAUUUCACUGAGUCUAAGAUGCCCUCACGUAUGAGUCAUACUAUUAUUUUAUGUAUCUCUAAGAAAUAAAAAUGUUGCUAACUAAAAUAUGCUAUUGAUUGUAAGCUACCUCUUGAUAACAGAUAUCAAAGCAAGUAUCUUUAAUUAAAUCAAUGACCUAUGGUAAUGUAAUCUUCCUGUGAGAUAUGAGAUCGAUCUUGUGCUAUUUUUUUUUUGCUACCAAAUUUUACAAUUUCCAAACAAAACAAAACAAACAUACACUGAAUAUUUUUGUGUGUGAUGCUUAUGGAGCAUAGCUUUCUACCAUGAAAAGAAGCUAGCAUUAUGAGGCAAACACUCUGCAGGUUGGUGAAGGCCACUGCUGUACCCUGGUGGUCUGCAAAAAGGUGAUCUAGGUGUAGAGGUGCUUCCUGAUAAUCUAAAACACUUUAUGCCUCUAGGAAGGAUUUUAAUUUUGUCACAGGUUACUAUGUAACAUCUUAUUUACAUUGUAUGUAUAAAGGUUAUACAAAGAUGUUGUUGUAACUGUCCCUUAACAUGCAUCAGUGUAGAAUUUAGACUCUCUCCAUGCUGAAACCCUAAAUGCAUAGAAGAAAGAAUGAAAGAAUUCUCAUUUUAGAUGUUCCACCUAGAAGUAAAACUGAUAAAAAAAAACAAAACAAAACAAAACAAAAAAACAUGCACAAAACUACCUCCCCAGAGAAAGGCUGGUCCCUUUUACUCCUCAUUCAUUUCGUUAUGAAUAUAGUAGAAAAUAGCAUCUUCUUAUCAAAUUUGAUGAAGAAUGCCAACUCAUUUAAAAUGAAGUACGACUUUUCAUGUGAACUGUACCGGAUGUCCACAUAUUCCACUUUCCCCUCAGGAGUUCCCGUCUCGGAAAGGAGUCUUGCUCGUGCUGGUUUCUAUUACACUGGUGUGAAAGACAAGGUCAAAUGCUUCUGUUGUGGCCUCAUGCUGGAUAACUGGAAACACGGAGACAAUCCUAUCGAAAAGCAUAAAAAAUUGUAUCCUAGUUGCAGCUUUGUUCAGAAUCUAAAUUCAGUUAACAAUUCGAAAGCCACUUCUCAGCCUUCUUUUUCUUCUUCAGUAACAAAUUCCACACAUUCAUUACUUCCAAGUUUGGAAAACAGUGGAUAUUUUAGUGGCUCUUAUUCAAGCUUUCCAUCAAAUCCUGUCAACUCCAGAGCAAAUCAAGAUUUUUCUGCCUUGAGGAUAAAUCCCUAUCAUUGUUCAAUGAAUACUGAAAAGGCCAGAUUACUCACUUAUCAAAUGUGGCCAUUGACCUUUCUGUCACCUACAGAACUAGCCAAAGCAGGCUUUUACUACAUAGGGCCUGGAGACAGAGUGGCUUGCUUUGCCUGCGGUGGAAAAUUGAGCAAUUGGGAACCAAAGGACGAUGCUAUGUCAGAACACCUAAGACAUUUUCCCAACUGCCCGUUUGUAGAAAAUCAGUUUCAAGAUACUUCAAGAUACACCGUUUCUAAUCUGAGCAUGCAGACACAUGCAGCCCGCUUUAAAACGUUCUUUAACUGGCCUUCCAGUGUUCUGGUUCAUCCUGAGCAACUUGCAAGUGCAGGUUUUUAUUAUGUGGGUCACAGUGAUGAUGUCAAAUGCUUUUGCUGUGAUGGUGGACUGAGGUGUUGGGAGUUGGGAGAUGAUCCAUGGGUGGAACAUGCCAAGUGGUUUCCAAGGUGUGAGUACUUGAUAAGAAUUAAAGGACAAGAAUUCAUCAGUCAAGUUCAAGCCAGUUAUCCCCAUCUGCUUGAACAGCUGUUAUCCACAUCAGAUACCCCAGAAGAUGAAAAUGCAGAGUCACCAAUUGUUCAUUUUGGACCUGGAGAAAACCAUUCAGAAGAUGCUGUCAUGAUGAAUACACCUGUGGUUAAAGCUGCUUUGGAAAUGGGCUUCAGUAGAAACCUGGUAAAACAGACAGUUCAGAGUAAAAUCCUAACCGCUGGAGAGAAUUAUAAAACCAUCAGUGAUCUUGUAUUAGAUUUGCUUAAUGCAGAAGAUGAAAUAAGGGAAGAGGCAAAAGAAAGAGCAACUGAGGAAAAAGAAUCAGAAGACCUAUUAUUAAUUCGGAAGAAUAGAAUGGCACUUUUCCAACAUCUGACUUGUGUAAUUCCAAUUCUGGAUAGUCUACUAAUUGCCAGAGUGAUUAAUGAACAAGAGCAUGAUGUAAUUAAGCAGAAAACACAGACUUCUUUACAAGCAAGAGAACUGAUUGACACCAUUUUAGUAAAAGGAAAUACCGCAGCCACUGUAUUCAAAAACUCUCUACAAGAAACUGACCCUAUGUUAUACAAGCAUUUAUUUGUGCAACAGGACAUAAGGUGUAUUCGCACAGAAGAUACUUCAGAUCUACCAAUGGAAGAACAAUUGCGGAGACUACAAGAAGAAAGAACAUGUAAAGUGUGCAUGGACAAAGAAGUGUCCAUAGUGUUCAUUCCUUGUGGUCAUCUAGUAGUAUGCAAAGAUUGUGCCCCUUCUCUAAGAAAAUGUCCGAUUUGUAGGGGUACCAUCAAGGGUACAGUUCGUACAUUUCUUUCAUGAAGAAGGUCCAAAACUUUUGUCUAAACUCUGGAAUUAAGGGAUUAAGUAUAUUAUGAUUUUAACUUUUACAUUCAUUUGCUUUCCUUAAAUUUAUUUAUUUAUUUGCAACUUGGAAAAUUUUGUUUUAUAUAAGUAUGUUUAUGUAAAUAUAUAUCUAAAAUACACAAACAAUAAUAAGAGAAUGAUGGGCUUUUGUUCAUGGAAACAAAAAAUAGGAAUAGCACUACAAACAUAAUAAUAAAGUUUCAGCAUUAUUGAAAUUAUAAAUGAAGUAAGAUUUAAGAUAUAUAUUUGUCAAAUGACUUUUUUUAGGGACAUGGCAUUUUUGCAAAGAAUUUUGUGAGGAACAAUUUAAUAAAGCAAUGAAAAUUACUCUUA